AUGAUAUUGCAAAUGCACAAAUUUCAAGUUGAACUGGAGGAAUCCAAACAGAAACACUUGGAACAAACAGAAAAGAUUAAAGUUCUCGAAGCGAAAAACGAGGAGUGCAGAAGCGAUAUAAACGAGUUGACAAAAACUAAAGAACGGUUGACAGAGCAAAGUGGCUUCUUACAAAAAUCGCUCGACAGAAAGAAAAUAGAAAACAAUGAACUUUCGGAAAAAUUGAAGCAAGCUGAUAUACAACUUCGAGAAUCUGGAAGCGUUUUGGCAACUGUGAGAAACUUGGAGUCGAAAAAUGAACUUUUGGGCGAGAAAAUGUCGAAUGUUUUGCUGAAUACUGAAGAAGAGAUUGCCAAAGCGAAGACGGAACGUGAGCAUUACAUGAAGUUGCUGGAAGAUACAGCUGAACUGAAUAAACGCAAUGUAGAGAUACAUAAUGAGCUUUGUAAAGCGAAGGAGAUUGGGGACGAAUAUACACAGCAGGCUAAGGUAUUUAUAAAUUGCAGUACAAAAAAUGUACAAGUAGUGUAUAGGGCUCCCAUGGAUGGUUUCACUAAAAUAGUUUUGUGGUUCACUGCCUACAAAAUCGUAGUUCACUACUGACUACAACUGGUUCAUGUUUAAAAAUGUAGCGAACUAUUCGCUACUUCCAGGGGCGAAACUAGGCCCUUUUAAUUAGGGGGUGUCUGGCAGAAUUGCCCUGCCAAAACCAAUGAUGCCCUGCAGCCUGCAGUGGCUGCGCUGAUAUACACUAAGCUACGUGUAUUGAACUACCGAUGCCAAUGUACAUGCAUACGAACUGCUAUUGUUUGCUAGCUGUAAUAAGUUAGUAUACUUAAUAACUCUACAUUGUAUCAUUUAAAAUUGUACUCAUAAUCAUCUAUUUAAUUUUAUAGGAAUUUUUCGCACUUUGAUUGCCCUGCCAAUCGGGAUGAUAAUAACCCGGCAGACUAAUAAUCUGGCUGUCUAGAGGCAUGGUCCUCGGAAAUUUUUUCAGAAAAUGUUUCUUUUUUUUUCUCCGGAAAAUUUUUCUGCAAAACGCUAUUUCAUGUAGUUUAGAUGCGUUUUAUGAUAAUCUGAAAGCCACAGAUUUGGUAUGAAAAAAUUACGCCAGCCCCCGUUUCUUUUAAAAAUUACAAAAUUGGUCCUGAAGAAAAGUCGGAGGAGGGGGGACGCAUUCCCCCCCCCCUCCCCAUGAUUACGCGUCUGGUUCGGACCUAUUUUAGCAUUUACUAAAAUCUAAAUUUUUUGAAGAUAUGCGUCGAAAAAUCCGAGCAAUUCUCCUCCGAGAUUUCCAAAACUUUGGAUGAAAUUCAACGCGUGAAACAACAAUUCACAGAAUACAAUAACGACAGAGUCAGAAACUGUUUGAAAGAGAACGCGUCGCUACUGAAAGAAAACAAAGCUCUCAAACAGACAGCCAUGGAUCUGGAGACGAAACUUAAUGAACAACAGAAAGGAAACGAGGUUUUGAAAGAGACGUUGGUGAAAACGGAAGGAGAAAAACAGGAGCUUUUGAAGGAAGUCCAUUCCUUGCAAAAGAAAAUACAAGAGAAAGUAGCAAAAAG